AUGGCCGCGAAGUCGGACGGGCGGCUGAAGAUGAAGAAGGGCGGCGAGGUGGCGUUCACGCCGCUGCAGAACUCGGACCACUCGGGCUCGGUGCAGGCGCUGGCCCCGGGGCUGCCCUCGGGCGCGGGGCCGGGCGGCGGCGACGACGAAGCACCGGGGGGCGGCUGCUGCAGCGGCAGCGGCGGGGACGGCUCGGGCGGCGGCCCCAGCUGCUGCUGCGGCGGCGGUGGGGGAAGAGGCGGCGGUGGCGGCUCCCGGGGCUCGGGCGGGGGCUCGUCGUCGCUGUGCCUGCGGCUGGGCCGGGAGCAGCGGCGCUACUCGCUGUGGGACUGCCUGUGGAUCCUGGCCGCCUUGGCCGUGUACUUCGCCGACGUGGGCACCGACAUCUGGCUGGCGGUCGAUUACUACCUGCGGGGCCAGCGCUGGUGGUUCGGGCUGACCCUCUUCUUCGUGCUGCUCGGCUCCCUCUCCGUGCAGGUGUUCAGCUUCCGCUGGUUUGUGCACGACUUCAGCACCGAGGACAGCGCCGCCGCCGCCGCAGCUGCCGGCCACUGCCCGGCAGCCGAGAGCAAACUGCUGGUGAGCAGCGGCUCGGCGGCUGGGGACAUGGACGCCCCUCGCCCCUGCACGCCGCAGAGGCAGGCGUCCAACGCCAGCAAAAGCAACGCCACCACGGCCACCAACAGCAGCAACAGCAGCAGCACCAGCGGCGGCAGGGCCGGCAAGAGCAGGUCCGCCUCCUGCGCCUUCUGCAUCUGGCUCCUGCAGUCCCUCAUCCACAUCCUGCAGCUCGGGCAGAUCUGGAGGUAUUUCCACACAAUAUACUUAGGUAUCCGCAGUCGACAGAGUGGAGAGAACGACAGAUGGCGGUUUUAUUGGAAAAUGGUAUAUGAGUAUGCAGAUGUGAGUAUGCUGCACUUGCUAGCCACGUUUCUGGAAAGUGCACCACAGCUGGUUCUGCAGCUCUGUAUUGUUGUACAGACUCGUACUCUACAGGCUCUCCAAGGUCUUACAGCUGCAGCAUCUCUUGUGUCCCUGGCUUGGGCUUUGGCUUCCUACCAGAAAGCCCUCCGUGACUCCCGCGAUGACAAGAAACCCAUCAGUUAUAUGGCUGUUAUAAUCCAGUUUUGCUGGCAUUUCUUCACAAUUGCAGCUAGGGUCAUUACUUUUGCUCUCUUUGCCUCAGUUUUCCAGCUGUACUUUGGGAUCUUCAUAGUCCUCCACUGGUGUAUCAUGACCUUCUGGAUCGUCCAUUGUGAAACAGAGUUCUGCAUCACUAAAUGGGAAGAGAUAGUGUUUGAUAUGGUUGUUGGGAUUAUCUAUAUCUUUAGCUGGUUCAAUGUCAAGGAAGGAAGGACACGUUGUAGGCUCUUCAUUUACUAUUUUGUGAUCCUUUUGGAAAACACUGCCUUGAGUGCCCUCUGGUAUCUGUACAAGGCCCCACUGAUCUCUGAUGCUUUCGCCAUACCGGCACUGUGUGUGGUGUUCAGCAGCUUUUUAACAGGCAUUGUUUUUAUGCUGAUGUACUAUGCCUUCUUUCAUCCCAAUGGACCAAGAUUCGGGCAGUCGCCAAGCUGUGCUUGUGAGGACCCUGUCGCUGCCUUCACUAUGCCCCCAGAAGUGGCAACAAACACUCUAAGAUCUAUCUCUAACAAUCGGAGUGUCACAAGUGAUCGGGAUCAGAAAUUGGCAGAGAGGGAUGGGUGCGUGCCUGUCUUCCAAGUAAGGCCCACUGCACCUUCAACACCUUCAUCCCGGCCGCCAAGGAUUGAAGAGUCAGUCAUUAAAAUUGAUCUUUUCAGGAACAGAUACCCGGCCUGGGAGAGACACGUGUUGGACAGAAGCCUGAGGAAGGCUAUCUUAGCUUUUGAAUGUUCCCCCGCUCCUCCACGGCUACAGUAUAAAGACGAUGCCCUUAUUCAGGAGCGUUUGGAAUAUGAAACUACUUUAUAA